GCAGCGAAGAAGACGAACCCGCUGCGAUGGCUCAGCUGAACCGCACCGACUAUCAAUGACUUCCAUCUGACCACUUUAUUCUGUCAUAGUUUGUUAACUUCCGCUGUUUUACUGUCUGACGUGAGACUGUCGUCAGGUCCUGACAUCAGCUACCGGCGAGAGGACGGAGUACGAAGGCGGAAGAACUUUCCGGUGCAGUUAGCUUAAGUAGUUAGCUUCGGCACCGCCGUUCACUAGCAGCAGUAGCAGCUAGUGGGCUAGCCUAGCUUAGCCUAGCCGGCUCUCUUUGCUGUCUGCCUGGAGCUUCUCGAGAUUUCACUGCGUAAACGAGAGUACCUAGCAGCUAGCUGGUUAGCUGGUUAGCUCUCAGGCUUCCAGAGGCAGGCGCUGGUAUCGCCGGGGCGUUGGAUACUCGGUUGGCCGGCAGGUUGGGCUGGACUCGGGGCAGUGACAGGGCUGAAGUAACCCUCAGCGGAGGUUCGUGUUGUAGCCGGCUGGAGGUUAACUCUCUCACGUCCUGGAUAUUCUGGUGAGAUGAGAGGAAGCUUGCCAUAUUGAUUUUCUACGCAGUGGUUGUGGCGCUGUGACAUAUUAAAGGCACUGAACCCGGCCCACAAGAAGUAUCGACCUCUCUGGUUGCCCACCCCCCUAAACAAAAACACACCCGACAAGACUGGAGAAAUGCUGACUGACAACAGGAAACGACACCGUAGCUGCGACCGUGAGGAGGACCAGCAGCUCAGUUCACAGGCCAAGAGGUCAGGAGGAGGACCCAGCCUAAUCGUUUCAGAUUUGGACUCAGAGUCUUCCAGCAGUGACAGCAGUAACGGGAUCAGUAGUCCAGAGAGAGCCAUAGUGGUCACUACCAGGCCGUGCAUACACAGCCAGAACAACUGCAUCGCCCAGCACUCCCUCAGCCCAAAGCCUGAAGACUCUGCCAGCGCCAUGCAGCACGGUCUCCACGGCAACGGCAGCAGUGUCUCUUACGACCACAUCAACAGUGUCCUGAGGGAGGCGCACUUCAGCAGUCUACAGACCAGAGAGCGCCCGGGCUCGACAUGACUGUGACCUCUGGCCCUUCUCCUGACCUUUUGUCCCUCACCCAUCGGUGCAGACGCUGCCGGCACGGUGGCUCCUCUUUGAAAGCCUCAAGCGACACACUCGGGUCAGGGGGAAGGGGAUGUCGUGUGGGGAGGUUUACAGAAUUUGGGCACAAAGGCUCAUCCCCACCUCGCCAUGUACCAUUUGUUGAAACCAUAAGCACAUCCGCCUUUCCAUGGCCCAGCCACUGUGGUUUUCUGUGCAGUAUUGAUGUGUAAGUGUGUUUGUGUGAGUGCAUGUGUGUGCACGCACCCUGUGCACUUUAUAAAGAGUUAUCAUUCUCUUUACAUGCGUGCAUCGAUGUGUGGACAUUUUCAUUGGUGCUAAUCACAAGAGAAGUGUGAUGAUGAUCCAAAGUGCUUGCAAAACUAAAUAAAGCUCAGCACUUUACUCAAUAACUCCUCAUUUUGUUUACUCUUGACGGGGGAAGGCACUCACACGUUUGUAUCUGUGAAUUGGGAGUUGUGAUCCCCUUCACCAAAUAAGUUGAUGGAGGCCAACUGAUUCACUCCCAAGGAGCAUUAUUAAAAAACAUCUAGUUUAAAAGAGUUUAGGCCUUUUCUGUUUUCUCUAACCAAAGUAAUAAAGUUAGAGCAAACUGUAUUUUGCAGUUAUUUUCCCUAUCUAAAAGCUAAGGUGUGGCAGGUCAGUGGGUUCAAGUUAAUGGAGCAGUGGUUCUUCAUGAGGCACACCAACCUCAGAUUGAAGCCUGGCUAAUUCCAGAGCUGAGAGUUGACGCAGCAGCCCGCUGCUCCUCUAGUUCACUCAGCUCAGUGCAUUUAACAAAUCAAGCCCCUGAGAAAAAAGGUUGUCUAAAGGAAUUCAGAACCAGGUUUUACUUCUUUAGCAUCUAACAUGUGUAUGAGCGUGUCAUAAAACUGUCAGCCAUACUUGUUUAUGGGCAGUUUAAUAUGACAGUACACUGUGUUGCAAAUAAAUAAGGUGUGAUGAUUCAUAUUUUGUGUAAUGUUCCAAAUCAUUUGACAUUGAAAUAAAGCGUUAU